AAGCCAAUUCUGCAGAAAUCACAAACAGUAUCUUCAGCGCAGAAGGGUCGUUACCCAACACUCUCCGAUAACAAAGCUGGGAACUUUGCAUCACAACCUUCAUCUCCUCACCGGGGAAAACUGUGUUAGUCGAAGUAAUCCCUCCAUUUAUAGUUUUCUGCAUUAAGAAUAUUUUGUUUGUUCUGCUGAUAAUUGACUCUCAAGUGUUCGACGAAAUGUCCAACCGAAUUUGCAUCAAAAAGGGGUUGUUGACACUAACGGGUACCCACACUGUGACCAAACUCGAGCACCCACUUUGUGUUUCCACGUGUGUUCGAUCAAAAACAACGUCUUCUCAGUAUGUAGCAUCAAGAUUUCGCGACCCUACAUUUGAGAAACUCAUGGACAAUUACAAGAACCUUGUCAAAGUCAUUUCCAUUCAAGACCUCAUUCUUGCAAACCCAAACAACCCAUCAGUCUCCAUUGAAUUCCUCUCCAAGCUCUCCCAGAAGCUUCACCUUAACCGCGGUGCCACUGCCUUCCUCCGCAAGUUUCCUCGCAUCUUCCACAUUUACUAUGAGCCUUCCAAGUUGAAGCCUUUUUGCAGGUUAACUGAUGCUGCUCUUGAUGUUUCGCGUCAGGAAUCGGAGGCCAUUAAUGCUUCUUUGCCUGUUGUUGUUGAAAGGCUUGUUAGGAUAUUGUCAAUGUCUGCAUCCAAAAUGGUGCCUCUUAGAGCAAUUUUUAAGGUUUGGAAGGAACUUGGCCUGCCUGAUGAUUUUGAGGACUCAGUUAUAUCUGCAAAUUCUAGUGUUUUUCAGCUGUGUGAUGCGCAUGAACCGAAUACUCAUUUGUUGAAGCUGGUUGAUGGUGUUCCAAGCAAUGGUUUUAGGGCGAUUGUUGAGGAUUGGAGGGUUGUUGAGUGCUGCAAGGAGGAUUGCAGUGUUGAUAGGAUGGAAAUGCGGUUCAGUUUCAAACAUGGGCAUCCUCCGGGGAUGAGGCUGACCAAGAAUUUCAGGGCCAAGGUGAAGGAAUGGCAGAGGUUGCCAUAUGUGGGGCCGUAUGAGGUGGUGGGUGAGGGGAAAAAGUCUAAGGCUGGAAUGAUGGCUAUGGAGAAGCGAGCGGUGUCUAUUGUUCAUGAGUUCCUAAGUUUGACAGUGGAGAAGAUGGUGGAGGUUGAGAAGAUCAGCCAAUUUAGAAAAUGGUUUGGAAUUGAUUUGAAUAUAAGGGAUCUGUUCUUGGAUCACCCAGGGAUCUUCUAUUUGUCAACUAAGGGUAAAAAGCAUACCGUUUUCUUGAGGGAAGCUUACGAACGGGGGUGUUUAAUCGAACCAAAUCCUGUCUAUGAGGCAAGGAGGAGGCUACUUGAUCUUGUUGUCUUAGGGCGUAGGGGUCUGCCUGCUGUUAAUUCGAAGUUGCUGGAUAGAAGCAGUUGCAAUGAGGUUGGGCAAGAGGACAACCAGCAAAAACAUGGCUUGUUACCAUCUUGACUAAAGCAUUACAGCUUUGUUGAGGUGCUUUGUAUGCCUAGAGUUUUUUAUUUUCUUGUGUGUUGCUUCUGGCAUACAUGUACCUAUAAAUGGAAAAAUAACAACUUUGAUUCUAACUUGGGUAAUUGCUAUACAAUUCUGCAUAGACAAGUUUGAUAUAUAUGAAGAUGUCCUAAUUAAUGGGAAGCUCUCUUCUGUGCUAGAAAAGCUAGAUGGAUUUAUUUCUCUGUAUAAAUUAACUCCAUCAUGUUACUUUGUUUCAGCUUGAUUUGACAACAUUUUGUGAAACUGUAGCUUAUGACACUGAAGAGGAUCGAUGAUUUGGCAAUAGUCCAAGCAAGGCGAGCAUUAGUAAACAAGAAUGGGAACUGGCUUUCAAGAUUGCAAAACAUUAAGUUAUCUUUCCAAUUUGAGAUUUACCAGCAGGUCAAUCGUGAGUUCAUUAGCUUUUCUGGUUUCAUUGAUAUCUGCAGAAUUUAUGCCCUUGAGGAGAGUGGUAAACUAGUUGAAGUGACUGUUGAGGACACGGAUUUUACUGUUUGUGCUCAUCAUCUCUUUGGCUGGAAGUUUAUAUUUCUCAUUGAUGUUAAGCGAGAGAGGCAUGUAAGGAACAGCAACAUCGCUAGCAUUCUGGCCUAAUACAGUUGUUCAAGUUUUGCUGAUAUACUUAGUUCACAGAUGAAGUUUCGUUUGUUUGCAUUUUGGUGUAAUUGACUUCUUGGUAAAUCAGAGAAACUUACGGAAUCGAAGUAUAAAUUUUUUUUUAUCCUUUUAAGUAGUUAAAGUCAGAAGUCCGAACUUGGAUUCUAAUUUUCAUGUUUCAAUAAGAAGUGCUAUCAGAUUUGUGG